AUGUCGUUGACGUUUUUGGGACUUUCUAAUAAUUAAUUUUCUCAUUCUGUGACGGUUCACACAUUUCGCUAAUUCUUUUGUUGCUGUUGUAACUUUAGCUGUUGAUUAUAACUCUUAUUGUUGACGAAGCUUCAAAAAUGUUGAUAUUGUGCUGUUAUGAACACAAAUCGGACAAACCCAGCGCAGUUUUGGAUGCGCUGGCAGUGUGCAGUGUGUGGUGAGGAAGCGGAGUACUACGUAAGUACCUUUGGGCUGUGCGUAAUCAAUCACCAAUAUCAUCCAGAGGAACUUAUCGGAUUGGACUCACUGCUUUCGGAUUAUAAUUGCUCUGCCUAUAUUUGCUUGUUUUAAUCGCCUAUGCUGUUUGACAUACUGAUUCCGAAAUCGCUCAUUGCAAAAGAUAUUCCUCUUGUGUGCGGAGCUGAAGGAACCAUACGGAUUAGGAGAGCUUUCGGUGAUUGCCUCCAGAUAUUACUAAGUUGAAAACAUCCACCACCAGUCUCCGACAACGAACAAGAUAUCCUGAUAUUGGUCAGGAUUUGGCUCUUAAUCGAAUUUCCUUCAUGUUAAAGUUUCUAACCAAGUGGGACUGAGUGAUAUUCAUUUGCCAUGCGCGAGCCAAAGAACAGGCAGAAAAACAGUCCGGGCCCGGGAUCCAGCCCGGCAGACUCGUCCCUCUCCGGCCGCACCCCGUUGCCCAGCACGCCGAGCACCGCCGUGCCCAGUCCGUCGCCGUCGCCCGGCCAGUCCUCGCAGCGGCCUCCGCGGACGCCGAUGCACGAGCCGGCUGACAAUUCCCCCUGGUACCCCCAACCGCCCUUGCAGCAGCCCAUGACCCCCAAGACCAUCAUUAAAAGUGAACCAUCCCUGGACGGAAUGCACACCACCCCAGAAGCAGCCGCCAGCAUGUCCAAUCCGCCGUCGGUGUCGAUGCCGUCGCCUGCGGGUGGCGCAUCCGGACUGAUCUCGGCCGGGAGCAAUCUGAUUGUGCCUUCCAGUCCGUUGGAUCAGUUUAAAAAGGAGGAUCCCAUGGAAAAGAUGGCCCAGAUGACCAGCAGUCUGGGCGGACCAGCUGGCGGUUCCUUCCUAAAGAGUUUGCAGUCGCCGUCGGCGUAUUCGCCCGGCACACCGCAGGGCUACGUUCCGUCGGCCAGCCCCAGUGGUCUGUCCCGGCCCAGCGUUAUCACGCAGCAGCCGUACGGCGCGGGAUCCCGCCAGAUGGUCAGUUCACCCAAUCCCAACCAGCCACCACCGCCGUCACGCAUGGUCAACAACCAGGGAAUGAAUAAUAUCAAUCACGGUCCGCCUGUGCCGGAACAACCCUACAUGCAGCGACAGAGUUUUAUCUUUGUAUUCAACACAGAGAUGGCUAAUCAUGCAGCGGAUUUGGUGGGUCAAGGGCGUUACUCGAGUAUCCUGGAUUAUCACACGGAGAUACCGGAGACUAGACGAUUCCUGGCUCAGCACGGUAACCCGGGAGGGUUAUACCUGAAGAGAACUAUGGAUGGUGGGAUGGGGAAAGCCGAUCCGCGGCAACCGGCCCCGGGCUGGCCGCCGGAAAUGCAGAUGCGCCAGGGUGGAGGGAUGCCGCCGUAUCAGGUCCCGUUUCCUGGGAAAGGUGGAGGAAUGCCCCCUGGACAGAUGCGCCUGCAGCCGAAUAUGGAAAUGCUCCCGGGCGGCCCAAUGCCGGGUAUGGAAGAACCCAGUGCAAGGGAAUCGAAACAGGCCAAGCUGGAAAAACUGCAGCAGCUGAAAAAUAAAUUUUUGCCGGCAGAGAACGUGGGCGAGAUGCCGUACGGCAUGCAGCACGCUCCCCCGCCCGGGCAUGCUCCGUAUCCUAGUCAACAUCCAAAUGACAAUCCCAAUGUUAUGCCGGUUCCCUCGCCGCAGCCGAUUCAGUAUAUUAGCGGUCAGUUUGAUGCCCAGGAACUGGUCAUUCAAAAGCAACCGAAUCGUAUGUAUGUUCGAUCUCAAGCGACGCAGCAGCAAAUGGCAGCCGAAGUUCCUAUGCAUCAGCAAGGGCAGUUUCCCGAUCUUCGUGGUGGAGAUGGUCAUCCCGGGCAUCACUUUCCUCCAGGCAAUGGAGGUCCGCCGUUCCCUGGCGGUCCAGGCGACUUUGAUCCGGCAUUUGCCUCGGGUACCGCUGGCGCGCAUCCCCAAAUGUCGCCCAUGCAGCGUCGGGAAUGGAUCCGUGUGAAUAUGCGGGUGAAAGCGCCUGGCUCCGAGGCCAUGUUUGACGCUCCCCGCCCCAACAUGCACGGGCAUCCGCACAUUCGACCGCCGCCCCAGACCGUCAACAACACGUAUAUCAACGCACACAUGACUAUUGAGCAGCUAAACAUCCAGAACCCGUCCUACGACAACACGCAGUAUUCUCACUCGCAGACACAAUCCUCCAUGACCUACGCCGGUCCCGGCAUGGAGCCGGUGCAGAUGGCCCGCGGCGUAUCGCAGGUGCAGAUGAGCCAUUCCCAGCAGCAGCAGCAGCAACAGCGGCCCAUGACGGAAAUGGCGUAUCCGGUAUCGUACGAGGGCCAGCCGCAGAUUGCCAUUCGGCCCAACGCUCCCAACACCAUCCAGUACCUCCCCAGCCGGCCACCUGCUCCCCGCCCGCCGCGUGCCCCACCCAAUCUGGACUUUUUGCACCAGUGGACGGGCGGACCCGGAAUGAAUCAGCCGGGAAUGCAGCCGAGCGGACCGUUUCUGAAUUCCGGCAUGAGCACCAAUGGCGGUGGGGUGGGUGGCGGCGGCGGCGGGCCCGGUGGCGCCAUGUAUUCGCCAAUGGACGGCCUACCCAUUAACCGCAACAUGAAUCCCAAUUUCCCCAUGCAGUCCCCCGGCCCGCCACAAAAUCCUGUACAUGUGCAUAAUCCCAUAGCGGAUGGGAGCUACAGCUCCUAUCAGGAUUUUCAGCAGCAGCUAUACGCCACUAAAGUCGGUAAUGCGGGCGCGACGGCCGCUGGCCAGCAGCCAAUGGGCUGAGCUGGCCAGGCAGCGAGUGCCAUAGAAAUGUAGCGGCGAACAAGUUGCCAAAAGCACAUUGCUCAUGCCUUACUCUGUGGACAAGCAUGGACGAGCGGAUGGCACAGUUUACAGUUGAAUGUAUUCAUUGUGAAAAGUAUUCUAUCCUGGCUAAGCGGUAGUUGAACGGCUCUCUAUGUGUAGUUGUAUUUUUCUUUUUUUAGUUUCAACAUUUAUUCUCUUGGUUCUUAGUUUUUACCUCGUCUCUGUGUUUAUUGUAAACUGAUCUUGUGCGUAACGAUUUAUUUGCUGUUUAUACGUACGAUUCUUUUGUUAUAUUGGUCGCAGUUCUUGACUAGCCCUUUGUUUUCUUGUCGUUGUAAAUUCAGAAACCUAAGCAUGAAUGCUGAAUGAACUGUAAAACGCUGA